CUGGAGUCGCACUGCCGCCCGGCGGUGCGUAAAAAGCCUUCCGCCGCGGCAGAUAGACCCUCUCAGCCACCGUCCAAAACGGGAGAAACCUCCGCCAGAGGAAUCCUUUUGCACUUUAAAACUAUUUAAAAAAUAAAGAGGAGACUCCGUGGCUGUUACCCGACCGCUUUUGAGGCACUAAAGGACCGUUUCUAAGGCGGCGGGAGCGGAGAGAGGAGCGCGACAGCGACACGACCGGAGCCGCGGCGAGGCAGCGAACAGCAGCAGAAAAAAAAACAGAAACCUCCAGCUCCUGCUGACAUUUUCUGUCCUGACACAGCGGCUGGAAAUCGGCGAGAGUGAGCGGAGAGAUGCCGGGGAUGAUGGAUAAAGGCUCGGAGUAUUUGGGGAAAGGUCGAUCUAACGGCACCAAGAGUCCGUCCGCCGCGUCCAACGGACAUUUCUCUGACGAGAGCGGCAGCGACGACGAACACGAUGUGGGCAUGCGGGUCGGAGCGGACUACCAGGCAAACAUCCCCGAGUUCGAGCCCGGUUCCACCAAGUACUCAGAUAAGGACAGCGGAGGGAUGCUGGUCUGGUCCCCGUAUCACAGCAUUGUCGACUCCAAACUUGACGAAUACAUCGCGUUGGCCAAAGAGAAACACGGAUACAACGUGGAGCAGGCACUCGGCAUGCUCUUCUGGCACAAACACAACAUCGAGAAGUCUCUGGCUGACCUGCCCAACUUCACCCCGUUCCCCGAUGAGUGGACAGUGGAGGACAAGGUGCUGUUUGAGCAGGCCUUCAGCUUCCACGGCAAGAGCUUCCACCGCAUCCAGCAGAUGUUACCGGACAAAUCCAUCUCCAGCCUGGUGAAGUACUACUACUCCUGGAAGAAGACUCGCUCCAGAACCAGUCUGAUGGACCGACAGGCUCGCAAGCUGGCCAACAGGAGCAAUCAGGACGACAGCGAUGAGGAGAUGGAAGAGGCCAAUCCGAUCGAAGCGAACGACAGUGACUACGACCCGAACAAGGAAACCAAGAAAGAGAACCCGGUGGAGCCGGUGGCGCCGGGCUCUAAGGUGGCUCUGGGCCGGCGGGAGCACCAGACCCUGCAGCACCGACACCACCAGCGCUCACGAUGCCGCCCCCCCAAAGGCAUGUACCUGACCCAGGAGGACGUGGUGGCCGUGUCCUGCAGCGCCUCCGCCGCCAACACCCUCCUCCGCCAGCUGGACAUGGAGCUGGUGUCCCUCAAGAGACAGGUGCAGAACGCCAAACAGAUGAACAGCGGGCUGAAGGCGGCGCUGGAGGCGGGGCUCGACCCGUUCAGGCUGCCGGAGAGUAACCAGAAGGUGAACGCCCGUUGGACGACUGAUGAGCAGCUGCUCGCUGUUCAAGGUGUGAGGAAAUACGGGAAAGACUUCCAGGCCAUCGCCGACGUCAUCGGGAACAAGACGGUGGGCCAGGUGAAGAACUUCUUCGUGAACUACCGGCGGCGCUUCAACCUGGACGAGGUGCUGCAGGAGUGGGAGGCGGAGCAGGGGACGCCGGCCCCCAACGGGGACAGUGCCACCUCUGGAGAGGAGGGGAAGACCAGCUCCACCACGCCGUCCGGCAAGAGCACGGACGAGGAGGACGAGGAGGGUCAGGUGACCUCCUCAGGUGCGUCUCCAGCCGCCUCCUCGUCCUCCUCGGCUCAGGUCCCGGUGACGUCCAGCAGCGCUGCCUCCUCGCUGCACCAGCCGCCCCCCCUGCUGCGGCCCUCCCUCCCGGCCACGCCCUCGCUGCACCGCCAGCCGCCACCGCUGCAACAACAGGCCCGCUUCCUGCAGCCCCGUCCCACCCUGCAGCAGCCCCCGCCGCUCAUCCGCCCCUCCAACCCCCUGCCCCCCCGCCUCAACCCCCGCCCCCCCGCCCCCAUGACCAUCGGCAGCAGCAACCCCGGGGGGUCUGGGCCAAGCUCCGCCCAGCAGCCCCCCGGCCUUGCCGCGCACCAAUCAGAGGCCUCAUCUUCCUCGCUCCACUGACGAACUUCAGACGGAGCUCCUGAAGCUGCUGUGUUCAGGUCCUGUGGGAAAUAUGAGCGACUUUAUUCUUCAAAACAACAACAGCGAUACUUCUGAUCAGUGUCAUUGUGAAGGUGACGCGUUGUGAGUUUUUGUAUGAUUUGGUGAGCAGUCUUUUUCGGUUCGUCUUCUACAGGACUCACCUGCUGGCUGAUGGACACCUGGUUCUAAAAUCAAAGAGAUCAGACUACAAGUCUGUCGCUCUGUUCACCAACCUGACACAGGAAGUGAGCAGAACAUUGAAAGUGGAGACUCUUGUGGCGUCCCGCAGGGAUCGACCCUGGGUCCCUUCUUUUUCUCCGUCCCAGCUGGACAAACAAACACGUCAGAUUCAUCUACAGUCGAGUAGAAACUAAAUAUCUUAACAAAAUGAUUUGUGUCUUGAUCCUCCACCUUCCUCCAGCGUUUCAGAGUCUCUGCUGCUGACUUUUGUUUUGUCCGUUGAUUCAACACACACCUAUUUUGUUCUAAAACAACUUAUCUCAAUAAGUAUUGGCUGCACACCCUCAGGACAAACUGAACAUGUUUAGCUUCACUCCUGGUAAAAUGAUGUUAUAGUCAGAGCGAAGUGAGGCGCGAGGCGAAGCGAGACACUCGGGCGAACUCCCCAACCUAAUACGUGACAUUCACAUCUUUACUCUCGUUGAAAAUUUUUAAACUGCAGUGAGUAAUUUGAGCGACGCUGAGUCAGAAAAGCUUUCCAGUGUUGAGUUUCUCCAACUAAAAGAAACCCUGUUUAAAAAAAGCAUCAUUUUAACAGCAGUGUUAUUGCAGAGAGUGUCCCUUAAUUUAAACCUUAAAUUAUCUUUUUCAGGUAACUUCUUGUGUAAUUUCUUUUGUGUUUCAGCCGCUUUAAAAACUCCUUAAACUUUUAAACAAAGCAUAAAAAAACUCCCUAACAAAUUACAUCCUUUGAUUUUUAACUCUGCUGCACCAGACUCCAUUCAGAAAGCCAUCGUUUUAACAGCAGUGUUCUUGGGUUCUUCACACUUGACAAAGCAUCAAUUCAGACUGUUUCCACAUCAGCAUCAUGUUGGAGUUAUUUCAGCACCUUUAGAUCCGUUUAUUCACAUUAAAUCACUUAAUUUAAGUUCAUAUGAAUUAAUGUGUAAAAACCCACAAAAUUGGCCAAAUAACAUGAAAGCAGUUUAAACCUUAAAGAAGAUUUAAAUUUGUGAACUUUAAGUGUUAUUUGUUUUUUUUGUGUGUGUGUUUCAGGCUCUUAAAAACUCAUCAAUCAUAAAAAACAAAUAAAUUAAAGGGAUAUAUGGUAUCCUUGGCGUAUGUUAUGGAUCGGCCGUGAGUUCAGGUGGUGUUAUUGGUCCAGUUUACUGUCUGUCCAUCCAAUUAGCUGUCAGCAACCUGUCACUAACGUUUGAUCUUUAAAACACUAAAGCUGAAGAAAUGUGUCAUUAUUUAUUCCUCUUGUUGUUCCUGGUGCUAGCAGGCUGGACAUGGAGUCAGGCAGACAGAAUCAAUGUGAAAGUGCUCUUAAUGCUUUUUGGACAAACAUGCAUCGUGUCAUUAAACCUGCAUUUAUACCUCCAGCUGUUCUCUUCUUCUUCUUCUUCUCUCAGAAUCAGAACAAAAUAUAAACAUCUGUGCAAUAUGAUUUUAAAGAAAAGAAAGUGUUGAAAUCCUUGUAAACAUAAACAUUAUGAAUGUCUACUUAAUUUCUUAUUGUAUAUUUUAAUUUGAACCUUUUUAUUUGUAUUGUAUUUUAUUGUUUGUAUUUAUUUAUUUUAUUUGUCCACCUUUGUGACGAAUUUUGUAACAAUAGUUUUAUUGUUAAAUGUAUGUAUGUAUAUAUGGCCCAUUUCAGAAUUGCGGGUACAUUUGAAGUUUAGACAAAAUAAGAAUUUUAUUUUAUUAUUUCCAUAAAACCUUUUUCAUUCCCAUAGAGAAUACUUUAAAUGUAACACUUCCAGCAUUUGCCAAGCUUACGCGUGUAAGAUUUAAAAUAUUUAAUCUGAAAAUCAUCGUAGUAACAGUAAAAUCAGUCAACUCUGUUGCAGACAAAUUAGGGUAAAUAUGUAUAGUAUAGUAAAAACAUUGACACAUUUAAUUGGAAAGUUGCCAAGACAGUUUGGAUUUUCUCUAAAUAUUGCUCCAAAAAUGAAUGAAAUGCUUUGAAAUUUCAUGUAUAGUGAGAAUGUUAGUUAUGACACAGCUUCUGGUUAAUUUGUCAACAAUAAAACAUAUUUAAUUAGAAUUUUUUUUUUAAAAACUGUGUGAAACAGAGUUGACAAACUAUGCGUAAAAGGCCAAAAACAGUAACUCUGUUAUCAUUAAAAUUUUGAAACAUGUAACAGAGUUGACGAUAACAGAGUUGACAUUUUCCACCAUUUUGUGCUUUAACUCCACGUGCUAGCUUAAAACCAGAUACCACAUCUCAUGAAUAAAACCAUACUUUUAUGAAUUUUCAUCAUAUAAUUGUUUUUAAAAAGAAAAAAAAAAAGAAAUAUCCUAGUAACAGAUUUGACAUAUAAUUAAUCUACUGUUGGUGUAUUCUCAACAUUUUGUACAAAUUAAUGAGAGAGAAAGUUUAACAUUCCAUAGUUCCCUCCAAAUAUUUUCUGCAAGAGGAAGUGACAUCACUGGGUGCAGGUCACAUGUUUUUAUUUGACUGCUGUAGGGUUUUUUAUGUGGUUUUAUAACAGAGAUAACAGAGUUGACCAGAUCAUAGGGACAGAUAAAAAAUAUACAUUUUUAAUGUUGAAAUCCCAUGUAUUACAGAAAAUAAAUACUAUGUGCAACAGUAA